UAAAAGUGCGAUUCUCUAUUUUGACGUGAACUUGGUUGUCCCCCAAACAUGGCGACCCUCAUCUUUCGGUCUGGACGAUUGGUAGAAAAAUCUGCUUUUAAGCAAGCUUUUAAGGUCCUAUCAGUUUUUAACAAUGUCCUGCCACAGAAUGUCCUUGGAUCCCAACAGAAACGUAACCUCUCCAUACACGAGUACAUGUCCAUGGAACUGUUGCGGGAUGCUGGAGUAGCUGUUCCCAGAUUUCGUGUAGCAACCACAGCUGAUGAGGUGUACAAGGAGGCUAAAGACAUAGCUGCACAGACUGGCACCCCUGAUGUUGUUGUAAAAGCCCAGGUUUUAGCUGGAGGAAGGGGGAAGGGAACAUGGAGCAGUGGCCUGAAGGGGGGUGUCAAGUUGGUCUACUCAGCUGAUGAGGCCAAGGACAUAGCCAGCAAAAUGUUAGGACAGAAACUCUACACCAAACAGACAGGCAGUGAGGGUAGAAUCUGCAACAAGGUUUUAGUUGUGGAGCGCCUCUACAUCAGACGAGAGUUCUAUUUUGCUAUCACAUUGGAGAGGAGUUUUGGGGGCCCAGUGUUGGUGGGCAGUGCCCAAGGUGGUGUCAACAUAGAGGAAGUGGCAGCAGAAAACCCUAAAGCCAUUAUCAAAGAACCCAUUGAUAUUGAAGUUGGCAUUACCAAGGCACAAGCCAUGUAUGUUGCUAAAGAGAUGGGAUUUAGUCAGGGCUCGUUAGAAAAGGCUAGUGACUACAUCAUGAAGAUGUAUACAGAUGUUUUUCUCAAAUAUGACGCUUCAAUGUUAGAAAUCAACCCAAUGGCAGAGGACAAUAGUGGCACAGUGUAUAUCAUGGAUGCUAAAAUAAACUUUGAUGACAAUGCGGCCUACAGACAGAAAAAAAUCUUUGCCUUAAGAGACUGGUCACAAGAAGAUGAGAGGGAUUACAAAGCAUCCAAGGCAGAUCUCAACUACAUUGCCCUUGAUGGCAGCAUUGGUUGUUUAGUUAAUGGAGCGGGGUUGGCCAUGGCCACAAUGGAUAUUAUCAAAUUACAUGGAGGGACUCCAGCCAAUUUUCUUGAUGUAGGGGGAGGUGCCACAGCCCAGCAAGUGACAGAAGCUUUCAAACUAAUCACUUCAGACACUAGGGUGAAUGCAAUUUUGGUGAAUAUUUUUGGUGGCAUAAUGAGAUGUGAUGUGAUAGCUCAGGGCAUUGUUGCUGCUGCUGAACAACUCAAUAUGAAAGUGCCUAUAGUCGUCAGGCUUCAAGGAACAAGGGUGGAUGAUGCUAAAGCAAUUAUUGCACACAGUGGGAUGAAAAUUAUUGCUUGUGAUAAUUUGGAUGAAGCUGCUAAGAUGGUUGUGAAGCUGUCCAACAUUGUAACACUGGCCAGGGAAGCUUCCAUUGAUGUCAAGUUUGAGCUCCCAUUAUCAUCUUAAGCAGACAGAUCACUGAGAUUUGAAGUGUUUUGGAACAGUGCAACAAUAACCUUACAGGUAUCCUGUCAGCUACUAGACCCUGUAUCAGUCUGUUCGGUUUGAUUCUCUGUUAGAACUCUACUUAAGCUCAUAAUGUUUGUUUUAAAUGUCUUUGGUUUUGUCUUUUAUAAUUUAACUUUUCAAACUGAUAACCUAAAUUGACAAAAAUAUAAUUUGUUUUAACAAUAAUUUCAUUUUCAUCUGAAUAUUAAUUAUUGUCUACACUUAAGAAUGAACGUUUUGAUUAAAAACAUAAUUGUCUUCAAACUGUUUACAAAUUGAAACUGAGCUUAAAUCAAAUGUAUAAUGCCAGAGACUAAAUGAUUUUAAAUGCAUUCGGUGAAUGAAAAGGGCAGGAUUUAUCUUAGUUGGUUGUUUUGAUUUCAUUUGUCUUCCAAUCUGAUAUUACCUGAGCACACAGCAUUUGUUCAAUCACCAAUUGAUUUGUUUAUUAUAUGUCUGUAUGUAUAUAGAUAUAUAGAUAUAUAGAUAUAUAUAUAUAUAUAGAUAGAUAGAUAGAUAGAUAGAUAGAUAGAUAGAUAGAUAGAUAGAUAGAUAGAUAGAUAGAUAGAUAGAUAGAUAGAUAGAUAGAUAGAUAGAUAGAUAGAUAGAUAGAUAGAUAGAUAGAUAGAUAGAUAGAUAGAUAGAUAGAUAGAUAGAUAGAUAGAUAGAUAGAUAGAUAGAUAUGUAUAUAUAUACAUUCUGGUACAAAGAAACUUAUUUGAUAAGAUAGAUAGAUAGAUAGAUAGAUAGAUAGAUAGAUAGAUAGAUAGAUAGAUAGAUAGAUAGAUAGAUAGAUAGAUAGAUAGAUAGAUAGAUAGAUAGAUAGAUAGAUAGAUAGAUAGAUAGAUAGAUAGAUAGAUAGAUAUGUAUAUAUAUACAUUCUGGUACAAAGAAACUUAUUUGAUAAGAUAGUAAUUAAAUUAUAGCCUGAUUUCAAAUAUUUUAUAUAUCUAGCCUUAAUAAGGUUAUAUGUAAAAUUAAAUAUAUUAUGAACAAAAUAAUUACUUUGUUUAGCAUAUUAAUUUCACAAAUCAAAUUCAUAUCUUAAAGCAAUGUAUGAUUUUUUUUUAUCAAUUUAACCAGUGGUGGAAUAAGAUAUUCUACUACAUUUAUUGUUAAAAUGUUAUGGCAUUUUUCAUCAAAGGCUGUAUCUGUGAUUAACCAGUUAUUAUGAUUGUUAUUAUGUCUACACAACCAUACUAUUAUGUUUCUAUUUAUUAUGUGAUACUGCUGAUGUUAGCCUCUGUCACCCGUAAAUUGUUUUUAUUUGUGUGUGAUGUUGUGCAUGAUAUCACCAUCACGUAUGUUUUAUUUUUCAUGCCAUGUAGGAACCAGAAGAAUGUAUUAAAGACAUAUUCAAACUUG